AUGAACCCCACCACCGACAAAUCUCCCAUUUCUCCGAUCGAUUUAUCCACGGAGAAGAAGGUUAAGAUCAAGAAGCACACUCCGUCUGGCCCAGAACAACCAAAAGACGACGAGACUCCGAUCAGGCACCACCUCAUUGUCACCAAAGUGGAGGACGUGAAGCGGUUCGAGGAGCUCGAUGAUUGCUUCAUUCUGGGAUUCGACCCGAUUAAGCCGCAGGAAGCGAAGAUGUUUUCUCCGGCGGAUAGGGUUGGUGGGUCGCCGGAGAUCGCCAUUGUUGCCGAGAAAGGCCAGGUGGCAUGCAGAGAUUACCCACAUUCGAGGCAUCUGUGCAUUAAGUUUCCGUUUCAGACAACAUCGCAUGAGAAAUACUGUGAGCUGUGUUACUGCUACGUGUGCGAUACAGCAGCUCCCUGCAAAUUGUGGACAUCUUCUAGUAACAAUGCACUGUCAUCACAUUGUGAUGCUUAUGACAGCAAUGGUGUAUGGAAGCGGGAAAGGAUAUUGAAAAAGUCACUAGCACCUGUGUUCAAGCAGUGAAGAAACUCAUGCUUGAAACUAUGUUGCAAAUGGGGUAGGAGAAAUUGU